AGUUGAAUAAAGUAGGCAGAGUAAAAGAUGGGAGGAAAAUUCUUCUACCUUCUGGUAGCUUCAACUUUGAUAGCCUACUACAUCUACAAGCCUUUACCAGAGAAUGUGGAGGAACCCUGGAAGCUGAUCCUUUUAGAUGCUAGCUUUAGAAGCAUAAAUCAUGUGGCCCACCCACCAAACCCCAAAAUUAUAUCCAAGCGUACCAUGGACAAGGCGAAGGAAUUUUAUAGUCAAUAUAUCAGCAAUGAAGAAGAAAUGGAAGAAAGGGAAGAUCUGGAAGGAAGAGGCUCGAGACUAGUGGAUAAAGAAAAGAGUGCAUCACAAACCAAAGAGAGAGGGGAAGAAGUGCUAACAAGGGCGAUUCGGAAAGAAACUCAAAUUAAAGGUAUAGAAAUUAGGAAAGAAAUUAGGAAAGAAGUUUAUAAACUGCAAGAAUUUGCAGACAAUUUAGCUAUUAUCCUUGAAGAACCACUAGAAUUGGGUAAGAGGCUGAUGGAGGUAUUAGAGGACUAUGGGAAGUCACUUAUCCAAGUGCUUUUCUCGAUGGUUGCACACAAACGGAGAACGUUGACUAGANCCUAUGACCUCUUAUCAAGAUGGACAUCAGAAAGACUAAAUGCUGUUGUGGUGUCAGUCGAUUACAGACUAGCUCCAAAAUAUCGAUUCCCAGUUGCAUUUGAAGAUGUGUACUCAGUAUCAAAAUACUUUCUACAAAGCAGCAUUCUGGAGAAAUAUAAUGUAGCCCAAAGCCGCAUUGGCAUUGGAGGAGACAGCGCAGGAGGUAACUUAGCUGCAGCUGUAACCCAGCAGCUUCUAGACGACCCUGACGUCAGAACUAAAUUCAAAAUUCAAGGUUUAUUGUAUCCUGUUCUUCAGACUAUUGAUCUGGAAUUGCCAUCCUAUCAGGAUAAUAAAAACAUGCCAAUUCUGCCGAAAACAUUAACAAACAGAUUCCUCACUGAAUAUUUUCCAUCAGAUGACUCUUUUUCCAAAGCUUUAGACACCAAUCAACAUCACCUCUUCACUCUUCCAAGAGCUACAUGGGCAUCAGCUCUGGAGAAAAGAAACAACGUCUAUGACAUUCCAACAUCCCAACAUUCUGGAUCCUUGUUGACUCAGGUGAGCAUGAUGGUGAGCAUGGCAAGUGGAUGGUUGAGCAUAGUUGCCAUCAUUGCUUGA